AGGAUGGGGGAAGGCAGACAAGGCAGACAGUUGCUAGUGCUUGCUUCAGUCAACGCUAGAAUGGCUUCGCACCUAUGAUCAACAUUAAUUUCCGGGAUAUGCUUUUUACGAUAUGUUUUAAUCUUGUUGUACGAAGAAUGCGUCACGAAUUUCGCGCGGAAUAAGACCUAUCUAGUAUGUUCUUUUAACAGUCGUUGCAGUCAUUGCACCAACAAACAAAAACCGUGUUGUGGUCCAGCUAAAGUGGGAAACUGUCACCUCCGUCUCAACUGAAACUGCAUCAUCACCAGAAACUGGCAAAGACAAUCUUCACUGUGAUAGCACUCACCAAAAAAGAAGGAACUCUGCGAACUGCAGGCACGAGCUAACGGGAGGAUACCUUAGCUAUCAAACUAGCUAGUUGGUUAGUUAAGUUGGCUAAGUCAAGAACUUUGUUGGCAAGCAACCGUUAUCUACUGUGGAUGUCAGCACAUUUUAACCCGGUGGUCCUGGUCAAAGGUUCAGCUAAGAAGAUGCAGUCAUCGCUGUCUGAACAACUCCGCUCACCAGAUAAUAUGGAAGCAUAAUGCACAAUGUUCCAAAAGUUAGCUAGUAUCUAGAUAGCAAGCCAUGCUAAUGACUCAUUGGCUGUGAAUGAAUGUAGCGUUAACGUAUCGCCAUAUCGGGUGUUGCCUGGCCGUCGUCGCGCCUGGGACAAAACCCAUCGAUUUUAUUUGACAAGAAUAUUUCUGUGACAAUACUACGAUGGGCUCUCUGAAGGCUCUCCAGGAGUGGUGUCGGAUACAGUGUGAAAGCUACAACGAUGUGAAAAUAAAGGACAUGUCAACGUCCUUUAGGGAUGGUUUGGCGUUUUGUGCCAUAAUACAUCGUCACAGACCAGAUUUGAUAGACUUUGCCUCGCUGUCCAAAGAGAAUGUCUAUGAGAACAACCAACUGGCGUUCGAAGUGGCAGAGACACAGCUGGGGAUUCCAGCCCUGUUGGAUCCAGAAGACAUGGUGUCUAUGAAAGUGCCUGACCGGCUCAGCAUCAUCACCUACGUCUCCCAGUAUUACAACUUCUUCAACAACAAAUCUCAAGCAAACCCCCCUUGCAUUAAGAGGCUGAGUAGUGUUGGUCAUAAUGAGCUGCCCCUAAAAAGGCCUCCAGCUCCUUUGGAAGACAGUGUGGUUGAGACUGAGCCGAGCCAGCUCACACAGACUGGAGUGGCAGAGGUCGCAGCAGUCAAGUGCAGCACGCUCAGCAGCACCUGCGCCGCCUGCCAGAAACACGUCCACCUGGUGCAGAGGUUUCUGGUGGAUGGCAAGCUCUACCAUCGCAACUGUUUCAGGUGCACAGAGUGUCGCAGUACUCUGCUUCCUGGAUCCUACAAAUUAGGAAGCAACUCUGGUGCAUUGGUCUGUACGCAUCACCUUACAAGGCAUGUGUUAGCCAAUCAGAACGGCCAACCAGAUCUUAGCAAGAGACCAGCGACAGUUCAGUCUGCCAGGAUUGAUGACAAUACAAUUUCUCACACCCCGCUCUCUGAGAGGGACCAGACAACGACGACUCCCCCAGGAAGCCAAACAAACGACAUGCCCGCCAGUGACUCUGUCACAGCCACACUUGUUAUGACAAAUAAGCCAGACUCUUUGGAAGAAUCAAAAGAGAGAGAUGGCAAUGGGGAGGUAGAGGAGGAACCACGUUGUUCUUCUCCUCCCAACCCUUUUGAUGAGAGUGAUGAAGAAGAAAAAGAGCGAGAGAAAGAGGAAGACACUCAAACACCAGACAAAUGUACAGCCAAUGGGGACCUCCCUUCUACAAUGGUCAGUCAUCAGGAAGAUGCCAGCCGACCGGUGCCGGCACCCCGCAGAGUUUCUGAACCCACACCUCCUCCACGCCCCGCCCCCCGGGUUCGGCUGCCUUGUACAUCAGACGACCUUGCAGUUGGUGAACCUCAGGAGUCUCCAACUGCUCCCAAACCUCGAGAAAGAUCACAGUCUCCUGGAAGCCUGUCCAGUGGCACCCAUAAACCCAAAGAUCCACCUUGGCUUGCCCUGGUCCAAUCAGAAUCCAAGAAGAAGAAAGCCCCUCCCCCUCCCCCUGGCAAACUGGCAACCCCUCCCAAUACAGGCUCUCUGUCCUCUCUCGAAGGGGAGGGCUCCAGACCCAGUACACCCCCUCCGCCCUCCAACCCAUUUGAGGAGGAGGAUGAUGAAAAUAAUGAGGUAGAGGGAGAAGAGGGGAGUGAAGGAGGUGCGAUUCCAGCCACAGUGGCUGUUAGCCAUCCGUGGUACAGCAUCACUCGGGCAGCUGACACGACAGGCGCAGGCAGUCAGCCCAGCGAAGGAAUCUCAUCCUGCUCCGCCAGCCCUGGGAGUGGAAAGAGCAAGAAACGUCCGGCACCAUCAGCACCGCAGCCACCUGCCGUUCUCCCUCAUUCUCAGCCCUCCUCUUGCUCGCCCUCUCCAGCUCUCAGCACAGACAGUCUUUCCUCUUGCUCAGACCACAGCUCCUCCCAGCCACCCUUGUGUGCCAAUGCCAGCAGUGACCAGGAACAUGCAUUUACCAAAAGCAUCUCAGAGCCUUCCAUCUCUGGGGCCUCCCCUUCCUUAUCGACCGAGCAUCUGCCUCAUCCUUCCCCAAGCCCCUACCCCUCUCCCUUACCAUCAAAUGCCAGCUCAGCUCCAGCCACCCCACAGACCAGUCGUAGCUCAGAGACCAGAUGGGCCAGAGCCCCUCCUCCACGACCCCCAGCAGCCCCCAGUCCACUGGCAACAGGGACCACUGAAUUGCACAAUAAGCGGAUCUGUAAGGAGAACCCAUUCAACAGGAAAGCUUCUCCCUCUCCUGCUAAAUCCAACACGAGACCAACAAAAGGCCCUCGUCCUGCCAGACCCCCGGCCCCUGGCCAUGGCUUCCCACUUAUCAAACGCAAGGUGCAGUCAGAUCAGUACAUUCCAGUAGAGGAUAUCCACGGGGAGAUGAGUCAGCUGGAGAAACAGCUGGACGAGCUGGAGCAGAGGGGAGUGGAGCUGGAGAAGAAGCUGAGAGAUAACCCUAACGAUGAGGAUGAGGAGCGCCUGUUGGUGGACUGGUUCACUCUGAUCCACGACAAACACCUUUUAGUCAGGCGAGAAGCUGAGCUGGUCUACACGGCAAAGCAGCAGAACCUGGAAGAGAGGCAAGCUGAUGUGGAGUAUGAGCUGAGGUGUAUUCUCAACAAGCCAGAGAAAGACUGGACGGAGGAGGAUAAGAGCAGAGAACAGGAGCUAAUGGCUGAGCUGGUGACCGUCAUUGAACAACGCAACCAAAUAGUCAACACCAUGGACCAGGACAGGCAGAGGGAAGAAGAGGAGGAUAAACUUAUGGAAGCCAUGCUGAAGAAGAAAGACUUCCAUAAGGACCCAGGCAGCGACGAGCAGAAGAAAAAAGGGGCAAAGUUCAAGCCCAUGAAGGUACUCAAGCGACUGAGCCAUAAGGGAGAACCAGGCAAGAGCCACAGUCCCCACAAGGAGAAAAGCUGAACACAUUCUCCAAGAGCAUACGUAUGAGACGGUUUUAUCAAGACCAAGGAAUACAGAAGGAUGAGAAAAUAAAUCAGGCUGGCAUCAGGCUAAAGAGAUGUCUCCUCAAACUAUUAUUAAUGACUUCAAGUGCAACCCAGACUUCACUCCUUGCUCACUUUUUACUUGAUGCUUUUCCAGAAAGUCUCUUCAGCAACUGUUUUUCGUUGCCUUUGUGUUUUGAAGCGCAGUAUAACUCAAGUGCUUUAAGAGCUGAUGUACCUGUAAGCUCUCUGACCUUUAGAGCUAGUGAAGUGUAGCGUAGGUUUCUAAAUUCCUGCACUGAUGUGUCGUAUAUUCUUGCUUCACUGUCCCUGCAUUGCACAGCCGUUCUGCCCUCAAAGCCUUUAUCAAGGUUCAACAGUGGUACGAUUCCUCGGUCGACCUUGAAGCCACUCGGAUGCAAUUUUAUCUCUGAUAGACAUGAGUUUUUAAUAACAGUUCACUUUGAUCCUGACUCAGUCUGUUCUGCUCUGUGUUCAAAGGCCAACAGACAGUGAGACGGUUUUACAGGAUGUCAUGUCUGUUUUGAGCCUGUGAAAGUAAAAUAUUGUUUUAACAUGAAUCCUGCUUUACAUUUUACAUCUGCCUUGAAAUGCUCAGUCAACAGCUCCUCCAGCUUCUGUUGUCUGACUUUGUGGUUUCUUCAGUGAUCAUUUGUGUAAAUGCAUAUCAACUAGCAUUGUGGAUCAAACUAUUUAUAAGUGGGUGUGACAGUGACUCAGAAAAGAGGUCCGCUGGAGAGCAGUAGGUUUUAUUAAUACGAAAGAUCAAAAAGCAAUAAUAUUACAUAAGGCAAUAUACCAACUUUUACAAUUCAUAACUGUUUUAACCAGUUGGGAAAACAUUUUGCUACACCUUUCUGUAUGUUUGUGUUCUGCUUUAAAAACGUGGUAAUAUUGAGAUGCAUGAGUGCCAUUUAUUUAACUGUACAUGUAAAUGAUUUGUCUGAGCUAAUGUAAAUGUCUGCACUGUUAACUCGUUCUGUUCCUGUUUUGUCAUUUAAAUUUUCUAUUUGCCCUCCAUUUAAAUGGCAUUCUCUGUUGUGUUUAUGCUCGGUGCCUGUCUUCCUGUCCAGCUGAAACCAAGGGCUUCUGUAGUGCUGAACACAUCGUCCUAAAACAGCAGCAGGGCUACAUGAAAUACUGACAGUGGAGGGCAGAGCAAUAAAAUAAGUUAAUGCAAGCAGUUAA